AGAGCUGAUACAUUUCAGCUUUGCCACAGAACAGCACCGGUGCCAUUCUUCUCUCCAAUUGCAAACCGAGAUGUUCACGGCAGGGAAUCCCGUCGGAUCGUCGCCGAUCAUCUCUCUCCGUCAGGAGCUGGUAAAGUUUCCCCCAAGAAGAUUUCAGACCUCCCACAAUACAAAAUGUAGAGCACAUUGUAUUACGACGGAAAUCACAACUUUAUGUGACAUUGAGAAAACAAAUAAUUUCGGUCAGGAAUUAGUCAAGAACAGCUGGAACGACCCAGUAUCCAUAAUCCACAACUUGUUACUAGCUGAUUUGGAUCCAUCAACAGCAAAGUUGGCUAUCAGCUUUGUGGGGCCUUUGCUAUCUGCAUUUGGAUUUCUAUUCGUAGUGAGAAUAGUGAUGUCAUGGUACCCGAAGCUACCUGUCGACAAGUUCCCUUAUGUAGUAGCGUUUGCUCCAACUGAGCCGAUACUAGUUCCUACAAGGAAACUCAUUCCACCUCUUGGGGGAGUCGAUGUAACUCCUGUUGUUUGGUUCGGUUUAAUCAGUUUCACGAACGAAAUAUUGUUCGGUCCUCAGGGCUUGCUUGUCCUUUUAUCUCAACAGGUUGUUUAGUUGUAUUUUUAAAAAAUAACAUUAAAGAGUUAGAGAAACCUUCUAUGUUCUUACAAUAUUCAAAGUGAAAAUGUUUGUACAAUUUUUGCUACUUGAAAUAUCUAAGGCUUAUAACAUUCAAUAUAUAUUUUUUAUUUGUUUUAGUUUA